UUCGGCGAGCUCGAAUCAUCCCCUCGAAAAUAUUCGAACAUCUCGACGCUUCACGAGGGAGUGAUCAGAGGCGUUCUGCGGUCGGCGUGCCGUUGUAUCCGCGUCUUGAUUGGUCGCCGUGGUCGGCCAUCCCGCACUAGCGUAGCGAUACAGCGCACGGAGGCAGGUGCGCGCGCACAGCGGAACUACUUUCAGCGCGUUAAGCGAACAAUAGGGAUCCCAGAAGUGUUUCGGACGCGGUCGUGUUCAUUUACGUCGUGCCGUAUGCUUUUUUUUCCCGUAGCCGCACGAGCACGCCGUGCACACUGGGAUCCGGUUGGUGACGUAUCCGUUGGUGACGCGCGUCGCGUACGAUGCGCCCGGUCGAGUGACGGCGCGCGAUAAUACCGAACUAAUAUUGAACAAGUGUGCAUCGCGCCGGUGAGUGUCCGUCCAUCCGUUCGUUCGCCCGUUCGUCCGUUCGUCCGUCUGUCUGUUCGUCCGUUCGUUUCCCGAGUGUGUGCACCCGUGCCCCUUUCCGAUGAGUGUGUGUCUACCCGACGUGUGUGAAUAAAAAAAAAAAUAGAAAUUGUAAUAUUCACGGCGCCAUGUCGCUGCCAAGGCGAAGAUUGGAUUACGCGCUCACGGUUGGACCGUUGUUGCUCGUGCUGCUGGCGUUCACCUACGUGCCCGCGGUAUCCGGUUUCGUGUCGUGUUCGCCGAGCCCGUGCAAGAAUGGAGGGCACUGCGUGUCGUCGCCGCGCGGCGAAUCGCAUUGCAACUGCACAUCGAAAUAUGUAGGAGAAUAUUGUCAACACUUGAAUCCAUGUUAUACGGGAUCGCGCUGCCAGAACGGGGGUUCGUGCAGAGUACGCGAAGGUAUCGGGGGUGGUACCCCAUCCUUUACGUGUGCUUGUCCUGUCGGCUUUACCGCCAGCCUGUGCGAGAUCCCCAUCGAGAACGCCUGCGACUCCUCGCCCUGCCUCAAUGGUGCCACGUGCAAUCUCAAGUCAUUGCAUGAGUAUGUGUGUACGUGUAGCAUUGGAUAUACAGGCGAGCAUUGCGAACGACAGGAUUACUGUGCCUCGUCACCCUGUCGAAACAGAGCCGAGUGUCGCUCGCUCGAGGACAGCUACAUGUGCACGUGUGCACCUGGUUUCACGGGGCUGAAUUGCGCGGACGACAUCGACGAGUGUGAGAGGAACCCGUGCAAACACGGUACCUGCAAAAAUAUUCACGGAUCUUACAGGUAAGUCGGACAUGCUUAACGGUUGCCCUGUUACACAUACAUAUUUUUAUCUCCAGAAUGAUGAUUACACGACGUGUGCAGUGGAACGAGUGUUUCGAUCGAGAUUUAGGAAUGUUUUUAUAAGUCGAGCCUUUUAAAGCGAGCACUAAAAACACCGCACGUGAUUAUCGAUGGAAUGCCGUUCUCGACAU